GAGGCGCGCCCCGUGGCGUGCGCCUGCAGGAGGCGGCCAAUUUCCCGCAGCCCCUCCGACAGCGUUGCCGCCGGCGGGCCUCGCUGCGGCGAGGAGGGCGCCGAAGCUGCCGCACCGCCCCUCCGAGGAUCCCAAUUGCAGGGCGCCGAGGAAACCGCCCGCUCCAGUUCGACGAUGCGUCGAUGCAGGUGCCGAAUGAGAAGGCGCUGCGUGCGCACGUGGGCCACCAGCUCCUCUCGAGUGGCAGUGCGCAGUUUGUCCUCCAUCCUCCGCCUCCUCCCAACACGCUUGUGUGUCGCAGCCCUUUCCCUCCGCGCGGCGUUGCCCCAGCCAGCGCCUCGGCAAGCCCACGAACGCGUGCGCACCGAGGACGAGCACACAGCCCCUCCACCGCCCCGCUCUCACACGCACAACAGGGAGCAAAAACAGAGUGGGGGUGGGUGGUCAAGAGAAAGUGA